AUGCCUCGGAAGCACAAAAACAAGCAUCAUGCCCACGGGAAACGCCACCAGGUCCAGGGGGAUACUCAGGAGGCCCAGGCCAGUGCUGCUGCAGCCCCAGGAGAGGAGUGCCCCUCCUCCCCCUCUUCUGUCCCUCAGGGUUCUCCCCCGAGCUCCUCUGCUGCUGGCAAUCGCCAGGAGCUUCAGGGAGCCAUGGCCCCCAGCUCUCCUGAUGCAGAGGCUUCCUGUGCAGGAUCUGAUCAAGGUGCCCAGGGCCCCGAGGAGGAAAGAGCAGAUGCCGCCCGAGCAGCCCUGCUCGCUCGGAGCAUUCGCAAAGAUCCUCUCAUGCGGAAGGCCAGCAUGGUGAUGGAUUUCCUGCUGGAGAGGUACACCAAGAAGGAGCCCAUCACAAAGAAUGCCAUGCUGAGUGUCAUCGGCAGGAAGUACAAGCAGCACUUCCCGGAGAUCCUGAGCAGAGCCUCUGAGCGUGUGGAGCUGGUGUUUGGCCUGGAGCUGAAGGAAGUCGACUGCAGCAGGAACAUCUACGCCCUCGUCAACAAGUUCACUCUCGGGGUUGAGGAAGGUUCAAGUGAUGAGGAGGAGCUGCCCAAGUCUGGUCUCCUCAUGGCGCUCCUGGGCAUCAUCUUUAUGAAGGGUAACCGCGCCACCGAGGAGGACAUCUGGGAUUUCCUCAAUGUGUUGGGGAUCUAUGCUGGGAGGAAGCACUCCAUCUUUGGGGAGCCCAGAAAGCUCAUCACCAAAGAUCUGGUGCAGAAGGGGUACCUCACCUACCGCCAGGUGCCCAAUAGCGAUCCUCCGCUCUACGAGUUCCUGUGGGGCCCGAGAUCUUAUGCCGAGACCAAUAAGAUGAAGGUGUUGGAAGUUCUGGCCAAGAUCCAGGAUACGGUCCCGAGUUCCUUCCCAGACCUCUAUGACGAGGCUCUGAGAGAUCAGGCGUUUAGAGCAGGGCUGAGAGGCAUUCCCAUUCCUCCAGCCGUGGCUGAGGCCAGUGCCCCUUCCAGGGCCAAGUCCUACAGCUCCUCCCACAUCUAG